UGUCUAAGGAGACUGAGUGAAAAAUAGUGCCAGUGAAGAGAGAGAGAGAUCAUCUGAGAUGGUGCCACUCACUAUGGUAACACACUUGCUGGGUAUUGGGGCGGCGGUUAUGGUAUUGGUAUGGUGCAUCCAUUUCAGAGGGGGUCUUGCCUUUGAAGCCACCAACAAGUCUCUCAUCUUUAAUAUUCAUCCGGUGCUGACAUUAAUUGGAGUCAUAAUUCUAGGUGGUGAAGCCAUAAUCAGUCACAAAAGUGUUCCCUUCUCAAAGGGAUUGAAGAAGUUGAUCCAUCUCACUUUGCACGCCAUUGCCCUCAUCUUUGGCAUUAUAGGCACCUACGCCGCAUUCAAAUAUCACCAUGAAUGCUCUGCUCCCAAUCUCUUCAGCUUGCAUUCUUGGAUGGGGAUUGGAGUUAUCUUUCUUUAUGCUAUUCAGUGGAUAUAUGGGUUCGUGGUGUUCUGUUACCCUGCCAUAUCGGCCGGAAUUAGAGCUCAAUCUCUUCCACCUCACGUUCUCUUUGGGCUGUUCGUGUAUAUAUUAGCCGUUGCCACGGCCUUACUGGGCUUUUUGGAGAAGCUUACCUUCCUCGAAAACUCCGACGUCCCCCAGUACGGGCCGGAGGCUUACCUCGUCAACUUCACCGCCGUCGUUACUAUUUUGUUUGGAGUCUCCAUAGUGUUAACUGCUAUUUCUCCACCACCAAGAACAGUUGCAGUGGCAGUUGCAGAGGACCCAGGCAAAUCAGACAUAGAGAUUUUUGGUAUAAGUGAUAAAUAAACAUUUAUCUUACCUUUGAUUGGGCUGUGACAACACAGUUUUAUACUUUUGUAUGAGUUAGGCAAUUUUUGUUUAGUUUAUUUGUUUCCAAUGUCUCCAUGGUUUGUAAAACUGGGUCGGACCGGUUUGUUGAACUCAGAAAAUCGUGAUAAGCCGAAAUGAUGGUAUAGAACCACCCUUUACUGGAACUUGAAUCAAAUCACGGGCUUUUGAAAACCGUCCUC